AUGGCUGGUGUCUUGAGUAAGCGCCAGCAGGCCCGCAACGAAAAGGUCCUACACGAUCUGGUCCAGUCAGUCCCAGGAAACAACUUUUGCGCCGACUGCCAGGCACGGAAUCCAGCAUGGGCCUCAUGGAGUCUUGGUGUGUUUCUUUGCAUGAGAUGUGCCGCCAUCCAUCGAAAGUUGGGCACGCACAUCUCCAAGGUGAAAUCCUUGAGCAUGGACAGCUGGUCUAACGAGCAAGUCGAGGUUCGUCCCAAAUUCGCUUUCGUGAACCUGCACGGUGACGCCCUAACCCGUAGACCGCAGAAUAUGAAGAAGGUCGGCAAUGUCAGAUCCAACCAGAUCUACAACCAAGACAACAAGAAGCCACCCGUCCCCGUCGAUGCUGACGAGGCCGACUCGGCCAUGGAACGUUUCAUCCGCACCAAAUACGUCAACAACAAACCUGUUCCCGUGAGGAAACAACACUCCAGUCUCUCGGAUGAGGGUAUCCCACCGCCGUUACCACCCAAAUCGGGAGGCAAGUUCGGCUUCCGAUCUGCCUCGUCAAUCUUCCCCCUGUCGUCUCGCUUGAAGAAGGAUUCGUCAUUGCGCAGUACCAUGUCGAGCCCCAGAGACAUGCCUCGAAGCCCUUCGCCCACCGAUCUCCCAAAUAAGCCCUCCAAGGUGUUCGGCGCGAGUGUUUCCUACGAACAGGAAGACACAGAAAGGAAGCUGGUGAGCUUACGGGACAUGGGGUUCUCUGAUGGCCAGCGCAACGCCAUGGUGCUGAAGGGAGUGAGCGGAAACCUGGAGAGGGCCAUUGAGACCCUGGUGCGAUUAGGAGAAAGCGACAGGAGGUCGCCCUCUCUGACUGGGCCUCGUGAGAGCUCGUUGCGCGGAUCACGAUCGCAUGCGAACCUGUCGGCGUCCAGCGGCCUAUCUGCGCCACAGCCAACAUUUAGUGACCACACUCAGUCUCCUUCCACCGCCUCCAGCAACAACCCGUUCGAUAUGCUGCCACCGCAGCCGCAGUCUUCGCAAUCGACCGGCACGCUACAGAACAAGAACCCAUACGCGAACAACCCCUUCGGAGCACCGACUCAGCAGCAACAAGACGUCAACCAGGCCUUCGGCAAUCUGUCGCUGGCGCCCGCCCAGCCCCUGUUCCCUCAUCACACCGGCGGUCUCCCGGCUUCGCAACCGUUCGCUCAACCUCAGCAGAUGUACCACCAGUCGAUGACGCCGCCGGUACCGCAACAGCAACAGAGCUACAACCCUAUGAGCUUUAAUAAUAGUAAUAUGACGUAUCCUCAACCAAUCCAGCCGCAGGCGACAGGCUACAACCCGUUCUUCACGAAUCAGAUGCAGCCUCAGCUCCAACAGAACCUGGGUGUCAACACUGCCCCGACAUCGAGCCCAUUUGCCAACAACCCUUUCACGCGGUCUCCAACGCGGAUCCAGUCCCCCUCUCUAGGCCAAAUACCCGAGCAGUCGCAAACAAGCUUUUACACGGACUCGCCGCAAACGGCCUCACCCCAAACCAGCAACCCGUUUUUUGCACAAAGAGGCUCCCAGCUGCCACAACCACCACCGCAGCAGUCUUAUCAGCAGCAGUUCCAGCAAGAGCAAAAUCCGUUCCAGCAGCAGGGACAACAGCACUUUCAGCCACAGGGACAGCAACACUUCCAACAGGGGCAGCCGCUCUUCCAGCAACAAGAAACGGGGCAACAUCAAUAUCAAGCUCCAGCUCCUCAGCCAGCCUACCAGCAGCCUCAGCGGCCUGACAAGGCCUCAAUCCUGGCCCUUUACAACUAUCCGCAAUUGGCUCCUCAGACUUUUGCUGCCCACGCCCAACCACAAGAAGCGGCGCAGACGGAAACCGCGGCGCCUCGGCAGCCGGACCACGACACGAAUGGAUCGAUGCAGACGGCAGGGAACAAGAACCCGUUUUUGGCAAACGGUACGACAUCGCCUGCCGUGGCCCCGGUCCAAGGAAUCGGAACGGAGGUCGGUCCGCGCAAACCGGGCGUCAGCCGGGAGAGCAUGGCCUUCACGGACAUGCAAUGGACAAACGGUCGUCACAGUCCCGACGCCUUUGCCAGCCUGAGCGCGAGGCACAUGUAA